AUGGACAUUCUUCAUCCUCACAUGCUGAGCAAGCAGCAGCUGCUGGCAAUUUUUCAUCAGCGUCACUUCACCAUCCCUCGCCUGGAGGAACUGAGCCGCGAUGAACUGAUCGACCUCUACAGUAAACAUUUGCUUCCGCUACCCCGAAGGGGUAGCCGUGCAACCGCGAGCGACCACUCCCGGCCGCAAUCUUCAGCAGAUGUUGAAAUGAAAGAUGCUUCACCGUCAGCCAGCAGGUCAAACCCGUCCUCCAGAGUACGACAAAGAAUCGUAUUCUCAGAUUCUACGGACCCACACCGAACGGAAUCGGUGGAUAACGUCAGUUACGGUGUGAAAAGGAUUCGAUUGAUAUCCAGUACGAGUACUAGCACCAGCUCCAGUACUAGUCAGCCACAAACCUCAAACAACAGUAAGCGAACCUUGGAAGUCAGUCCAAGUCAGCAGUUGACUAAUGGGGGAACUAACAAACCAGUGCAGGUUCCCAGUAAACGACAGAAAAUUACUUGGCCGUAG